AUGGUUAUUGGUGGUACUUAUGAGAUUGCCUGGACUGGAGCAACUGGUCUGGUUGACCUCUACGUCAAGAAGGACCCAUCACACUCCUCAUGGCGGUCAUAUAUAUAUGGAUCUGGUAACGCUACCUCAGUCAACUUCACCGUGAGCGAUCUCUAUGUAACAGCCGGUAUGGACCCUGGACGCACCUAUGUUUUCACGCUAUGGGAUGAUCUCGGCAAUUGCACCUCGUCACCCAUUUACCUCCGAGCUGCAUUGACGAAGUUCCGAGGUCGGCGCCAGAUUACAUAG